GUGUCUAAAUAUUAGAAGAAAAAACUCUUUUUUUAAUCUCACAGCGAGAAGAUGAUACGUAAAUUUGAACACUUUCAGGCCACUUUAGAAAUCUCGCCGAGGGAAAUUUGAGUUAUUUUCUAUACCCCUUUUGUGCCAAAAUUUAAGAAAUGCCACCAGAGAGAAAGGAACGGAUACUUCCGCGCGAACUCUGUUCCUCUGCAUGUUUCCCACGUACCUCUAGAGAGGAACAUGUCAGAAAUGGGGUAAUAGGGUAUUCAAGAGUGGUGUAUUGCAAUGACCCAGAUAACCCAGAUGCAAUUCGGCGUAAAUAUAGGAGAAAUUACGUGUCUACCACUAAGUAUACCCUGGUUACUUUUAUUCCAAAGUCUUUGUUUGAGCAGUUUAGGAGGGUUGCAAAUAUAUACUUUCUUGUUGUAGUUAUUGUAUCAUUUACCCCAUUGGCGCCAUAUUCGGCUCCCAGUGUUCUCUUACCUCUAAUAGUAGUGAUUGGAUUAACUACGGCCAAGGAAGGUGUGGAAGAUUGGAGGCGAUGGAAGCAGGACGUAGAGGCCAAUAAUCGAAAGGUUCAAGUGUAUGACGGAAAUCAUUCCUUCAGGGUGACUAAAUGGAAGAAUCUCAGAGUUGGUGACGUCGUUAAGGUGCAGCUAGAUGAAUAUUUUCCUGCGGAUUUGCUUUUGCUUUCUUCAAGCCAUAAUGAUGGUGUUUGUUAUGUUGACACCAAGAACCUUGAUGGAGAGACUAAUUUAAAGCUGAAGCAAGCCUUGGAGGUUACCGCACCCUUGAAUGAUGAAGAGUCCAUUCAGAACUUUGAAGCAGUGAUCAAGUGUGAGGACCCAAAUGAGCAUCUUUAUUCUUUUGUGGGAGCAUUGUACUAUCAUUGCAUGCAGUAUUCACUUUCCCUAAAGCAGAUCCUUUUGAGGGAUUCUAAGCUGAAAACUGAUCACAUAUACGGUGUGGUUAUUUUCACUGGACAUGAUACAAAAGUGGUGCAGAAUUUUACUGAUCCACCUUCCAAGAGGAGUAAGAUUGAGAGGAGGAUGGAUACGAUUAUAUAUGUUCUUUUCAGUACUCUGAUUAUAAUAUCUUUAGUUGGAUCUCUAUUUUUUGGAAUUCAAACUAAAAGAGAUAUUAAUGGCCAAAAGUACAGAAGGUGGUACCUUCGACCAGAUGAUGCAACUGUGUUCUUUGAUCCCAGAAGAGCAGCCCUUGCUGCAUUUUUUCAUUUCUUAACGGCCCUCAUGUUGGAAAAAGAUAGGCCAGAGUUUCCAGCACGUACACGGACAUCUAAUUUGAAUGAAGAACUGGGUCAAGUUAAUACCAUACUUUCAGACAAAACAGGCACUUUAACCUGCAAUUCUAUGGAGUUUGUCAAGUGUUCAAUAGCAGGUGUUGCCUAUGGACGUGGUAGUACAGAAGUGGAGAUCGCCUUGGCAAAAAGAAGAGGUGAAAUUCCGCAUGACGUUGAUGGUUCUUCAUCUAAUGUCCCAACACCUUCUGAUGAUACUAUUGGUGCUGAGAAGUACAUGAAAGUAUCCAAGUUUAGUGAUGAACGGAUUAUGAAUGGGCGGUGGGAACAUGAACCUCAUUCAGGUGCCAUUCGGAAAUUCUUUCGUGUAUUAGCAAUUUGCCAUACAGUGAUUGUCAUCUCAGUAUCCAACAAAGAAUUUUACGAAGCUGAAUCUCAGGAUGAACUAGCCUUUGUCAGGGCAGCAAGGGAGCUUGGUUUUGGGUUCUUUAGAAGGACUCCGACGAGCAUAGAAAUACAUGAAUUAGAUCGUACGAAAGGUGAAGAAGUUCCCAGAGUGUACAAGCUGCUUCAUGUCUUGGAGUUCAGUAGUUCUCGCAGAAGAAUGUCUGUGAUCAUAUGCUACUUCUUCUACAAGAAUAUUACAUUUGGGUUUACGCUAUUUUGGUUUGAGGCCAAUGCUUCUUUCUCUGGUCAGCCUGCUUAUAAUGACUGGUACAUGUCCUGCUACAAUGUCUUCUUCACAUCACUUCCAGUUAUUGCUCUUGGCGUUUUUGAUCAAGAUUUUUCUGCAGAUCAAUGCCUCGAGUAUCCUGAGUUAUAUCAAGAAGGUGUGAAGAACAAGCUGUUCAACUGGCUCCAUAUUCUUGGCUGGAUGUUCAAUGGAGUUCUUAGCUCCAUAAUUAUCUUCUUCUUCACUACUAGGUCCAUAACCAGCCAAGCUUUCCGUGAAGAUGGUAAAGUUGCAGACUUUUCGGUCCUCGCAGUCACACUGUAUUCAUGUGUAGUUUGGGCUGUGAAUUGCCAGAUGGCACUCUCGAUCAAUUACUUCACAUGGAUCCAGCACAUCUUCAUCUGGGGAAGCAUCGCUGUCUGGUAUGCAUUCUUGCUGGUCUACGGUUCUCUUUCACCCACCAUAACAACCACGGCAUACAAGGCCUUUGUGGAAGCUUGUGCUCCAAGCAUUCUCUAUUGGCUCGUCACCCUCUUCGUUGUUAUUUCUGCACUGCUGCCCUAUUUCUCCUGCCGGGCUUUCCAGACUCGUUUUAGACCGAUGCCACAUGAUGAGAUACAAAUGCAAGACCGCCGUAGAGCAUGUCCAAGGCGGCCGCAAAACUCAUGAAAUCUGGCCCUGUCCUACUCAAAAUAAGUAGGUAGUUUUGGUUUCUGUCGGUAAAAACGUGGGAAUUGCACAUCCUUCAACUCCUUAUGCUGAUUAAUCCCGUAAAUGUGAUUUAACAAACUUUAGUUACUUUGCUAUGCACAAUUUGAGUUGAAUUCUACAAUCUCCAAAAUAUGUAAUUAUCUUACACACUUAUUGUCUAAAUUGUGAAUACACCAAAAGUGUUAGG